AUGGCAUCGUCUGCAGCACCCGAUACAGAGAUGGAGGGCACUCAGCCCCUUUACAUCCCCUCAACCCAAUGGGCAACAUCCUACAAGUCCACCUACACGAUCCCAGACGCCGGCAUCCUCGACGAUCAAGAUCUCGUCCUUCUGCAGCAUCUCAACUGCUCAUACUUCUCUUCCGGUCGUCCUCCCACUCUUGUCGCCCUGAAGCAACACGCCCAUUCCCUCGUCAAUCUCAUCCGCAAACUCGCUCUGACGACCAACACUCGCCCAGUUGGGCACGACGGGAUACAUGAAAGGAGCUAUAAAUUUGAGGAGCAUGAAGCCUUUGACUGGUUGAAUGAUCUUGAUACGCCUUAUGAGAAUGAUGAUCCGGCGCAUCAUGAUCCCCUCUGGGCUUUGCAUAAUACUGUCCAGUCGGAGUCGGAGACGGGGGGUAUUGAACAUCGUUGUCCUUUGACGCGGGUUGAGGAUAGUGGUCCUUCUUCUAAGAAAGGGGACAUUCAUCGUCCGUACAUGACACACCACGAUCUAGUCAUGCACGCCAAUGAAUGCCUAGAGAUUCUUGAUCACGAAUACUCUGCUACAGGUGGUCUUCUUUCUAUUCUUCCAACUGGCUUCGAAGCCCCCGAAGAUCUUAAAAAAGCUCAGGUUAUGUCAGAAAGACAAAUGGAAGGCGCACGCAACUGUCUUCUUGGCCAAUGGCUCUUGAAUCACCAGCAUCUUGUCGGUCGAAUGCACGAGCUCGAGAUCAGUUAUGCCAACGCUCUCGAUACCCUCGCAGGCGAAGCUCUCGUCCCGCAGCAAAUUAUAGGCCUUACUGGUCCCGAUGGCGUUUCAGGCGGUCGAGAGAUCGUGUAUCCUCAAGACAGAUUCAUUCUGGUCAAUGCGGGCGAUGAUAUCACGAGCUACAUCCACCGUCAACUCGAUGUUGCCGAGGCACAGAUUGAACAGAAGGAAAAUAUCUGGAAGGCGAGCGGCGCUGUUGGUGAGAGAAUUUGGAACGAAGAACGAGGAGGAAAGGUCUAUGCUAAGGGCAUUGUGCCAAUCGACAUCCCCUCUCGCUUCUACCGUAUCAAGGGCAAAGGACAUCGGUCCCCUCUAUUCAUGAUCCCAGCAUCAGAUCAGCAUCCAGGUGUCUCGCAAACACGCAUUAUCGAGAAUAGGCCAACCCUGGUAUCUGUCGUGACCCCGACCUGGCCAGAGAGAGUGACCGCCAUAGAGGCCCGGAACAAGGAACGUCUGGAUCAAGCAGCAAAGCUUGAGGUGGACAACCGAGCGCUCCUCCGUGAGAAGGCUGGGUUGCUGGACGAGAUUGCUUUGAAGGCUGCCGAGAACAGACAAAUGAGUGAGCAGUUGGCUUGGUACGAAAAGCACGCUGAAGUCGUUGACGAAUGA